AUGUCGCUGAUAAACUUAACUUUAACCAUAUUGCAACAAGGCGAGAAUGAUGUGCCCAAUCUCUCUUGGUACAAUGUCGCUGUAGCAUCAUCCUUCAUCCUUGUCAAUGGCCUUAUAUCCAUGUCGCUUGGACUCAAACUUGAAAAGUCCCUAUUGACAAGCUCCAUACGUUGUAUAGUGCAAUUGACAAUCAUGGGAAAGAUUCUUGAGAGCGUAUUCAACGCAAAGAACCCUAUCCUGGUGAUGCUGAUGACAUUUACGUUGAUUUUUCUGAGCUCAUGUGAAACGGUUUACAAUAAAUCGGAUUGGUCGUUUAGUCGAAUGUUUCCAUCUGUGCUGUUAUCCACUGCAUUUUCCACCAUCUUCAUUGGCAUUUUGGGCACUCGCUAUGCCAUGAAUCAGCAGCAAUUCUGGCUCCCUGAAUUGUUCAUUCCUACAAUUGGUUUACUACUGGGUAUCACAGCAGGCGCAAUGGCAGUAGGUCUAUCUACCUGCUUGACCAAAGUGGGCCAACAAGCAGAGCAGAUCGAAACCUACUUGAGCUUUGGAGCAAGCAGAUGGGAGGCGGGUCGAGCUGUUGCUAUUGAAGCUAUUCGAUUGGCUAUGCUUCCAAGUAUCAACUCCAUGUCUGUCAUUGGACUGAUCACCAUCCCUGGUGCCAUGACAGGUCAAAUUUUGGGUGGUGCUCCCAUCAUGAACGCCGUGCGAUACCAGCAGAUUGUAACCUUUAUGGUGUCAGCUACCACCAGCUUGGGCGUCCUGUCUGUUGUAUUCUUUUGUAUCCAUCAUAUGAUUGAUACCAAGCAUCGUCUUCGUCCUGAACGAGUCCACAAGUACAAGGCCAACCUAUUCAGAGAUAUCAAAUUUCUGUUUGUGAGUGUUUGGAAGGAGCUAUUUAGCAAGAAGGAUCAAGAGAAGAAAAGAGGGCCAGCAGACGAAAACACACCUUUAAUUAACUAA